GCGAAACAGCGGCCAAUAGUGAAAUUGCAGGAAAGCCAAACCAAGCAAGCUCUGGUUGACGGGAGAAACUACUUUUGCCGAAGUGUCUGUCGCCUUCCGAUAAGGCCAAUGCCUCUUUAAUAGUCCAACGUCGAGGCAGCCAAAACCCUGCGGAAGACCUUUUGUGAGACGGCGGCGGAUUCGGCUCAACUUCUGGCCGGAGUGUGCGAGCUGAGCGACGGACGAUGUCUUCAGGGCGGCCGAUAAAGUGCGUGGUCGUCGGCGACGGCACGGUCGGCAAGACGUGCAUGUUGAUUUCCUACACGACCGACAGCUUCCCGGGCGAAUACGUGCCGACGGUAUUUGACAACUACUCAGCACCCAUGAUCGUGGACAGCAUCCCUGUUUCCCUUGGCCUUUGGGACACGGCCGGACAGGAGGACUACGACCGACUGCGGCCCUUGAGUUACCCACAGACUGACGUAUUUCUCAUCUGCUUCUCCGUGGUGUCCCCCAGCUCUUGUGAUAACGUCACGGCCAAGUGGGUGCCGGAAAUCAAACACCACUGUCCAGACGCACCAAUAAUUCUAGUCGGCACAAAGAUUGACUUGAGGGAAGACAAGGAGUCUCUGGCAAUUUUGUCCGAGCAAGGAAUGAGUCCGAUUCGCAGAGAGCAGGGCCAGAAGUUGGCCAACAAAGUCAGGGCUGUUCGUUACAUGGAGUGCUCUGCCCUCACACAGCGUGGACUGAAACAGGUGUUUGACGAGGCCGUCAGGGCCGUUUUAAGACCAGAACCUCAGAAGCGGAGGCAGCGCAAGUGUUUAAUUAUGUAGUGUGGAAAUGCGACACGCUCUCGAUGGUAGCUAAAUAACUUUUUUAUACAUUUUCCUGACAGUCAAACGAGAGAGUGACGUUUUUAAGCGGCACAAGUUGACAUUUGACUAAAGCAAAAAAGGUUUACCACUAGACGAAGUCCUCUGGUUCAGUUUCAAGCGCUCACAAUUAAAAUGACAAUACCCAUGUCAUAUCAGUUAAUUAACCAAUGCUGCAUUUCAUACUUUUGCAAUUUCUCGCUUUUUAUUACUUUUCGGAAUGUGUUCUUUUUUGUGUAUUUUUGUGCCAAGUAAUCUCAUCCUUUUUUUAAUUGACUUUAAUUUUAUUUUACUGUAUAUCUGAUAACACAAACUGAUUUUGACGUCUUGCAUUUAACGUUGAUCGCAACAGCUACUUAAAAACAUUUUUAAUAUUACUACUGAUUACUACUAUUUGUACAUUAUAAAAUUAAGAGUCAUUUUUAAUCACAUCUUUUGUCAUAUUUGUUCUAGUUUGUGUGCAUGAAACCAAAGUUGUAGUUUAACAUUUUUUAUUAAGGAAAAAAAUGACAUUUUAUACCUCAUCCCUUUUAUACAUGCCAACAUUUUAUACAAAUAAUGCAACUCUUUCAACUAUGAAAGUGGUUUAAACAAAUGCUUUGAUUUUGAUGAAAUGAGGAAAUUUAGUAUAAAAAUUUAACUCACAUUGAAAUAAAAAUAUCUAUCAUUUCAUCAAGAUUGACUGCCAAAUUUCUUCAAGAUCAUACUGCUUUUUUUAAUUUUUAAACACCAAAUCGCAGCAAUAUAAAACAAACCGACAAAACAAAAAUUGAAUUUGGCAAUCCUAGUCAUCUAGACUUUCUGUUCUUUGGACUGGUGUUUUGGUUCCAUGAAAAUAAGUUCAUUUUCAAUCUGAAGCCAUUGCAGGGAAUUAUUCAAAUUUUCUAGUUUCCCUUUCAGGUGCAAUGGAAAAAAAUGUUCCAGUAAAACAAAGAACACUGUAAAUAAUUUUGCAAAUCAGAUCAAAAUAACCUACAGUAUUUUUGAUGUUCUGCAAAUUAAUAUUUUUGACUCUGUCAGAAAAGUAAGGCACUGGAUUUGAAACUCCUCGUCAGCAUUCACUCGAUUGUAAUUAAUUAAUUAUGAUGAUUAAAAAUCCUACUUUGGUAGAAAGUAAGUCAGUUUGUAACGAGGUGAUUAAUUAUUUAAACAUGAUGCAUGUGCCUUCUAUCAACACACUGUGUAAGCAACUCAUUGAUAUUGAAUAUGAAUUAUUAUGCCAGCGCGUAAUGAUACUAUGUAUAGUCUCGACGAAUUCCUCAAUUGUAAGCAAAACACGCUGAUGUGAGAUCAUUACUGAAUACUCUCUAUUGUUUUGUCUUACUCUCCUCGUAUAUUUGAGUAGAUUUGAAGCUUGUGAAAUGAUAUUAAAGUAAUAAAAGAAAAUUGCAUAACCAACAUUAAAUUUAUUUUCAGUU